AUGCACGUGUUGAUGACAGGAUCGAGUGGACUGGUCGGGUCGGCAUUGACCGCCUUCCUGGAGGGCAGCGGUCAGACCGUCAGGCGGCUGCGGCGCGCCCCGUCCGACGCGGCGGACUCGACCUCCUGGAACCCCUCGGACGGGACGUUCGCCCCCGGCGCCUUCGACGGCAUAGACGCCGUCGUCCACCUGGCGGGCGAGAGCAUCGCGAGCGGACGCUGGAGCGCGGCCCGCAAGCGGCGCAUCCGGGACAGCCGCGUCACGGGGACGCAACGCCUGUGCGAGGCGCUGCUGCGGCUCGAUGAACCGCCCGCCGUCUUCGUGUCGGCGUCGGCCAUCGGCUUCUACGGAGAUCGGGGCGCCGCGCGGCUCGACGAGUCGUCCGCGCCGGGCACCGGGUUUCUGCCGCACGUGUGCCGGGAAUGGGAAGCGGCCGCCGCGCCGCUGCGUGAACGGGGUCUGCGGGUGGUUCAUUUGCGCAUCGGCAUCGUGCUCGACGAGUCCGGCGGUGCGCUCAAGCAGAUGCUGCGCCGUUCCGGCUCGGCGUCGGCGGUGUCCUGGGGUCGGGCGAUCAGUACAUGA